UCUAGCCCAAUAUCGGACAGAGAAGUACUAAAGCACAUUAGUCUUGUCUGAUUCGUCUACAGUGCCAGUGCAGAAAGUAAAAAUGCUGCAACUUUGUUUGUUGGCAGCCAUGCUGGGAUGUUGCGCUGGAUUUGCCAUCCCGCAACAGCCAGCUCAAUAUUACGACUAUGGCGGAUCACGGUGGCAGCCUCAGAGCUAUCAAUCGCUGCCUUCCCAAUAUGAACCUUAUCAGUAUAAACCAUAUGACUACGACUCUAGUUACUACAGUAAUUACUACAGUGGUUAUUACUACUAUCCCUACGUCUACACCCACCCAGAAUCCCACAAAAAUGAAAUACCCGCUCUACACCAUGGUCAUUCCUGCGGCAAGGCCGAAGAGCUCCUAAAAGUAUGCCGUACUGUAAGGAAGUUGCUCAUCGCCCAAAUCGAGAAGGAACGACUCGAUGGAUACAAGCCAGAGAUGAAACAAGACGUGGAGGACUUGAGUGAGGAUCUGGAAAGCAGAGAUCUGGACGACGUAGCGGUUGACGAUAACGGAGAGGUGAUUCCCGAAGACAAUCAGACCGUGGAAGCGUUGAACGAGUUGAUAACCGCUUUGGAGAUCUAUCUGCAACAGCAAAAACUUGCCGAAGAACGGGAGCAGGACGCAGUAGGACAGCUUGACUCGAUGACUUCCACGACGAGCAGCCCGCUUCCCGCUGCAUCUGCAGAAGGAUCAUGGUUUGGUUCCAUGUUUGGAAAGGGCAGUGACGCAGCAGAUAAGCAGACCAACGACGCCGGUAGUAAACCGGUGAUGGAGACCGACAGCAAGCCCACUAGUGGAGAGAACGCAUGGGUUCACGAGGAUGUUGUGGAGAAGAAUCCGCAUGACUUCGACAUCGAUGAACGAUUCCAGACUGUGACGAACAUCAAGGACAUCAGCACUGCUACGCCGGCAUCGCAGUCAGUUCCACUGUGGUUGACGGAGAAUACCGAGCAGCCUGAGAGCAAAGAAUUGAUCCCGGAUGUUCUGACCACCAAAGAAAUUGAAAUCUAUGAACAGCUUCCGGAGAGCAGACGUAAGAAAGAAGAAGACCCUGAAGACGUGGAUGAUGUGCAAGUAGAACACCAACAGCCAGAAGUCACGACGACAGACGAACCAACCUCUUCGAGCUCCACGGACACCACCGAUGCAGUGUCCUCUUCUACUACCACGGCUGCAACAACCCCUGAUGCCCGUAGUUUUGUGAAGGAACAAAUUCUGAACGUCCUGCGCUUGUUGGAGGAAGCCAAGGGAUACACCGAAAUCAAGGAGCACAUUUCCAACCCGGACGUGGACCAGCUGGUCGAUGGACUGGCCGACGUAGAAGCGGGUGUCCGGUGGACGGAGAUGCUCACUGCCCUGCAGAACUUGGUGGCUGAUAAGCAGUUGGACCGCGCCGAGGCGAUUGUGAACGUGCUAGAACACUGGAAGAAGGGUGCCAAAGGGCAGCUGGAUAACGGGUACUUCAACAGGACUUACGGAGCUAGUCCGGAUGUAGAAGCCCGUGGGUUGGUCGAUGAAGGAGAAGCUCCAAAAUCGGUCGAUGCCGUAGAUAACUUCUCCAAUGGAACCUACGGAUCGAACAACAAGACUUCAAAUGAAACUCGCGUUCCAAUAAUGAACGAAACCUAUGAUCAGAUCAUCAGCCAUGUUAACGCUACUGCUGCUGCUGCUACUGCCGAAGAGAGAGGUCCACGAAUCAUCAAUGUAGAUGUAACGCCAAUACCUACGCCAGUAGAGGAGCCCAGCAGCACGGAAACAUCUAAACAGCAAAAAGCAGAAGCCUCAGAAACUGAUCUGGUGAACUAGAGUUAACUGGUACUGACGAAGCAGAUCAACUGAGCGGCGAUGAGUUUACCUGACUAACUAUUUAAUAAAAUUAACUACAGUCUUCUUUCUAACCCGUAAACACUCGGGACGAGCUUCUUUUAGUAAAAAUACAACAUCUUUUUUGUUUUAAAACAUUUUA